GGCCACUUAAACUCCUCUCAGGCAGCAAACAGGAGCUGUAAUCAAAACUAGCAGAACCUCUCACUAAUAUUUACUCACAGUUGCUUCAGAGCACAUUUCAUGCUUUCCUCUGCUCAUCCUGCUGUUGGUUUUUGGUAUCCACUGUAAGAACUCCUUUCUUCUGCACGUUCGGCAUUGUCCACUGGUGUGUGUUUGGAUUUCUUUUUACAUUUUUUUUUUUUUGGACCUGUUACAGUUUCCACGGCGCAAACAACACUGGAGCUUUCUGUGUGAUUGAUUUCCUUAAUUUAUAUAGUGAGAGAUAAAUUUUUUUGGGGGUAGCUGGAAUGGCUACUUUACCAGGAACAGUUCCUCGAAUGAUGCGGCCAGCACCAGGCCAGAACUACCCACGAACCGGAUUCCCGUUAGAAGUCUCGACGCCUCUGGGUCAAGGUCGAGUGAACCAGCUCGGUGGAGUUUUCAUCAACGGAAGGCCACUGCCAAAUCAUAUUCGACACAAAAUAGUGGAGAUGGCCCAUCACGGCAUCCGACCCUGUGUGAUCUCCAGACAGCUGCGGGUCUCACACGGCUGCGUGUCCAAAAUCCUCUGUCGCUACCAGGAGACCGGUUCCAUUCGUCCGGGAGCGAUUGGUGGAAGUAAACCGAGGCAAGUUGCAACGCCCGACGUUGAGAAGAGAAUUGAGGAAUACAAACGCGAGAAUCCAGGGAUGUUCAGCUGGGAAAUCCGGGAUAAGUUGCUGAAGGACGGGGUGUGUGACAGAGGCACGGUUCCUUCAGGUGAGGCCUCUUCCGUUAGCUCCAUUAGUCGGGUUUUGAGAGCUCGUUUUGGCAAGAAAGAUGACGAUGACGAGUGUGAUAAAAAAGAUGAAGACGGAGAAAAGAAAACCAAGCACAGCAUCGAUGGGAUUCUCGGGGAUAAAGGUAACCGUACAGAUGAUGGCUCGGACGUGGAGUCGGAGCCAGACCUGCCCCUGAAAAGGAAACAGAGACGCAGCCGUACCACCUUCACAGCAGAGCAGCUGGAGGAGCUUGAGAAGGCCUUUGAGAGGACGCACUACCCCGACAUCUACACUAGAGAGGAGCUUGCACAGAGGACCAAACUGACCGAGGCUCGUGUACAGGUCUGGUUUAGCAACCGAAGAGCAAGGUGGCGGAAACAAGCGGGAGCAAAUCAGCUGGCAGCAUUCAACCACUUGUUGCCUGGAGGGUUUCCACCAACUGGCAUGCCAACCUUACCCACCUAUCAGCUUCCAGAGUCAACGUAUCCCAGCACCACUCUCUCGCAAGGUCUCUGUGCUUGUGUUUCAGAUGGCAGCAGUACAUUGCACCGGCCGCAGCCUCUGCCGCCUUCCUCCAUGCAUCAGGGCGGACUCUCGGCUGACAGUAGCUCCGCCUACGGCCUCUCAUCCAACCGCCACACCUUCUCCAGCUAUUCAGAGACUUUUAUGAGCCCGUCAGCUUCAAGCAACCACAUGAAUCCCGUGAGCAACGGCCUUUCGCCACAGGUGAUGAGUAUUUUGAGUAACCCCAGUGGUGUCCCGUCCCAGCCUCAGCACGAUUUCUCCAUCUCUCCUCUGCACGGCGGUCUGGAGGCUUCUAACCCUAUCUCAGCGAGCUGCAGUCAGCGUUCAGACCCCAUCAAGAGUGUGGACAGUCUGGCCUCCUCUCAGUCCUACUGUCCCCCCACAUACAGCGCCACCAGCUACAGUGUGGACCCCGUCACUGCUGGAUACCAGUACAGCCAGUAUGGCCAGACCGCUGUGGACUAUCUGGCCAAGAACGUGAGUCUGUCGACUCAGAGAAGGAUGAAGCUGGGCGAUCAUUCGGCGGUGCUGGGACUUCUGCAGGUGGAGACGGGACAGGCUUACUGAGUCCGACCACUACAAACACACCUUCACACGCUCUCAGAUGCACAAACACCUCCUCUGUCCAGCUGGAGCUCUUCAGCGCAUCCGCCGGCACGAGCGUGAGAGGCUUUUACUCUGAUUUUCAAGACAAGAAACUCUUGCCAUUCCAUUUGACGUGACCUUCUCGUGAUUCUGGGCUUGUCUUGUACCUCUAACUCGGACAAGAGGACCAUACAACGGCUGCAGGCACGUCGACGGACGCAAGAACGCAUUCCGAGCCAUUUCCAAAAUGUACUUUCACCUCGCUGUGCAUAGUCGUGUAUGAAUCUCAAUGUCAUUACAAUGGAUAAUCUCGCUUGUUUUCUAUCGAUAUUGUUAUUAAGAUUGCCCUUACAGUUGUUGUAAUUAUGAUUAUCGUAACUAUUGUUUCGUUUCGUUGUUUCAAGAUCCACACGUAGCAUUUUUUACUAAUUCAAAACCCGAAGUUUUUUACGUGAAAUGCUAGCAGUGGGUUAAAACGAAUGGGGGAUCAUGUGUGUGUGUGUGUGUGUGUGUGUGUUGAAAGUGUGACUGCUGGUUUUUCACUUUCCAGCCGUAAUGUUCCUGAGCGAUUUGACCUUCUCUGCCUUCAUAUUUCACUUGACAUUCCAUGCGAACUUGGCCACUCUCUGGGAAGUCUGGCUUUCUGCUGGGAAUUAGCAGUGCUUUUAGAGGCACAGCGCUAAAUUUCCCUUAUUUUGUCCUCAGCGAUCAUCUGGGGGAAAGAAAACAACAAUGUCUGGAUACUGGAUUUAGAACGUUUUUUCUAAAUUGUAUUCUUUAAUUUCAGAGUGAAUCAACACUUUGCAGUUUAGACAACAAUUUAUAGUUUUAAACAUUUAUAUUAUGAUUUUGAGUCAAGCAAUGCAAACAUUUAACAUUCCAUAUAGAUUAUACAGUUUGCUUUUAUUAACUAAGUAAAAUGUUUCAAAUGCACAAGUGCAUUUUAGACCACUACUAAGUGUUUAAAUGGUUGGGGUCAGUAUGAUAAAUAUUUUUGAAAAUGAUAUCUUUGAUCAAAAAUACAGUUAAAACAGGAAAUAUUAUUAUAAUUUAAAAAGGUGAUUUCUAUUUGAAUAUACAUUCAAAUAUAAUUUGUUCCUGUGAUGCAAAGUAGAAUUUUCAGCAUCAUUACUCCAGUCUUCAGUGUCGCGUGAUCCUUCAGAAAUCAUUCUAAUAUUCUGAUUUCUGCUCAAAAAACAUUUCUAAUUAUCAGUUUCGAAGACAGUUGUGCCGCUUAAUAGUUUUGUGGAAACCAUGAUCAUUUUAUUUUCCAGGAUUCUUUGAUGAAUGGAAAGCAUUUAUUAUCUUUCAUAACAUUAUAAAUGUCUUUAAUGUCAAUUUUGAUCAAUUUAUUGAAUCUUUGCUGAAUAAAAUAAAUACAUUUAUUUUAAAAAAAAUUUAUAAAAAUCUAACUGACCCUAUACUUUUGGCACUUUAUGAUAAUUUUGACAGCAUUCCAGCUAUUUCUGCCUAUGAUCCGAUUACAGAAGUGACCAAUCAAAUAAUCCGUCUCAACCACUUUCUUACGUUCCCAUUUCAUUUUUUUCUUUUUUAUGUUACAAACGGAUACAAAUACACACACCAGGGCUGCUGUAAUUAAGAUCUCAUGCAUUCACAAGUUUGUACAAAAAAAAAAAAAAAACAGUUGUGAAAUUUCGACAUUUGUGUAGCACUCACAGGUGACAUUUUGACACAUAAAUGGAACUGUACAGUAGAUGAAGCAGAUCGUUUAUUGUUUGUUUAUAAAGAAUAUGUUUUAUACUAAAACAGAAAAGGUGUUGUGUGGUAGAUGAAGCAGGGGAUAUGUGUAAGUCUUAUAUUGUAAUUUUGUGUUUAUAUUUACUGCUUUUGUUUCUUUGUUUUCGAUAGUUAUUAUAUAUCAUUUUUCUUAGGAUUCAACGUGAGAAGCUCUUGAUAAAAGACAGUCGCACUUAAAACUGACUGGAAGGUGAAUCGUUUGCUUAUGAUUCCUAGCUUCAAAUCAGUGUAUCCAUAAUGAAGAUGAAAUAUUGACAUUCAUAAUAUUUGGAGGUGACUGAUGGCUCAUGUAACGGACUGUGGGAAACACAGCAGUGUUUGGUGCUAACUGACUGCUUCUGACUCAAUUAAUUCCUCAACGAAUCUUCAAGCGAACGUUUUAUUUGGGUGCAUUUAAGGGGAAAAGAACUCUUCAGGAAACCACCUGACCCAAACCCCGCCCACUUCCCUUUCAACUGUCGAUAUCUUCAUCAAAUGAGCAAUGAAAAGACUUCUAGUAUAGAACAUCCACGGCUAACACCUUUGUUAAUUGACAUUUGGAUAUUAAAAAUAUUACCCAUCAUGCCCCUCUGGGACGUCAAACUGGGCACCUGCUUUCGUUAGCAUUUGUGUUUAUGCUUUCCUCCCAUUUCCUUUCAGCAUGUGUGUACUUUACCAUGGUAUAAUUUAUUCUGCUGUAUGAAGUAGUAGCUUUAGUGGGAACCUUGUAUUUGGUAUUUACUACCUUCAGCCUGUUGGUGUCUUUACUGUAACACUGGCGUAAAUGUUAUCAAUUAAAGAUCUAAA